GUCUGCUUCAUGGCCAUCGCGAUUCAAGAGGCGGACACGUUCAGCGCGUUCUGGCACACGGCGGCCCUGCAGCCGAGCGCGCGCUUGUUGGUGCGGUCGCUGAGCGACAACGUCUGGCAUGUCAUGCUGCUGUUCUUGCUCGCAGGGUACUACGACGCGAGUCACUACAAGCACUUCGGUUUCCGGGACCUGGUUAUGCUGCUUGGACUGGUGGUCAUACCGUUCAUGCAGUUCGUGGCGGAGCUUCUGCCGAUCUAUUUCGCUGGCCAGGGCACGUGGUACGGCUUCAACCACCCUCUCAGGUGGAUGCUGCAGAUGUUCCUUCUCGCGCGCGUGCACGUGGCGGCCUGCCGCUGGCUGGGCCUGUCGAUUCUCGCGCAGCUAGUGUUGUCCGUCCCCUACCGCGCCUUGGUGUGCUACGGCGUGGCGCGGCUAACCUCGAGACCAGCAGUGCGAUCACGUACUUGA